ACUCAAACCAUAUACGCAGGCUGGACUGGGUGUCGCCGCAGCAGCUAGACGUUGCGGCCGGCUCGACCCAUUUGCUUUCCUGGCGGUUGCUCCCCAUUCGUAAGCGGGAAACCCUCGUCUUCCCCCUUUCCCUGCGGAACCAAAAACCCUCGCACGAGACGAGACUCUCCACCUUCCCUCCUCCGCCUGCCGGAUCCAAUAGGAGCGAGGAGAGGCGGAGGAGCCCGUAAGCUCUAGCUAAAUCUCCCCCUUUGAUGGCCGCCGCCGCCGCCAACUCUUCUCUUCUUCGUCUCCUCUGCUCCAAUUCUUCCUUCGAUUCCUACUCCGGAUCCAAGAGUUGCUGGGGUUUAAGGGGAAGCUUAGGGUUCUCCUCGAAGAGAACCUUGGCACCUUUGGCGAUGCGGAAGAGGUCCGAGAUGAGUUGCAGUGGGGAUAGAGACACGGACGUGAGCACUUCCGCUAUGUUGGACGGGGUUGCUGACUGCUUGGAUGAUGUCUCCCCGGGAUUGGAUUUGAAGGGGAAGGAACCGAGCAUGUCGACGAUAUUGACUAGUUUUGAUAAUUCUUUCGAUCCGUAUGGAGCGUUGAGCACACCGUUGUACCAAACAUCCACCUUUAAGCAGCCUUCAGCAACAGAAUAUGGUUCUUAUGACUACACUAGAAGUGGAAACCCUACUCGAGAUGUGCUGCAAAGUCUCAUGGCCAAGCUUGAGAAGGCUGAUGGUGCAUUUUGCUUCACUAGUGGAAUGGCUGCAUUGGCUGUUGUAACACAUCUUGUUGAAACUGGUCAAGAAAUUGUUGCUGGAGAGGAUAUAUAUGGUGGCUCUGAUCGAUUGCUCUCUCAAGUGGUGCCAAAGCAAGGAGUUAUUGUGAAACGAGUUAAUACAUCUGAUCUGAGUGAGGUGGCAUCGGCAGUUGGUCCCAGGACAAAGCUUGUCUGGUUAGAGAGUCCAACAAAUCCUCGCCAACAAAUUACUGAUAUACGGAAAAUCUCAGAAAUAGCUCAUUCAUAUGGUGCUCUUGUUAUGGUGGACAACAGUAUCAUGUCUCCAGUGCUUUCGCAACCCAUAGAACUUGGUGCAGAUAUUGUAAUGCACUCAGCUACUAAAUUUAUAUCUGGGCACAGCGAUCUCAUGGCAGGCAUCCUUGCUGUGAAAGGGGAAAGCUUGGCGAAAGAGAUUGCAUUUCUCCAAAAUGCUGAAGGCUCUGGAUUAGCACCAUUUGAUUGUUGGCUUUGCUUGCGAGGUAUCAAGACCAUGGCUUUACGUGUGGAGAAGCAACAGGCCAAUGCUCAGAAGCUUGCUGAAUUCCUGUCAUCUCACCCAAGGGUGAAGCGAGUGAAUUAUGCAGGACUUCCUGGUCACCCUGGACGCUCUUUGCAUUAUUCUCAGGCAAAAGGUGCUGGUUCUGUUCUCAGUUUUUUGACAGGAUCAUUAGCUCUCUCAAAGCACAUUGCUGAGACCACAAAAUACUUCAGCAUUACUGUUAGUUUUGGAAGUGUGAAGUCACUUAUAAGUUUGCCGUGCUUCAUGUCCCAUGCGAGCAUACCCGCUGCUGUUCGUGAGACCAGAGGCUUAACCGAAGAUCUUGUCCGUAUCUCUGUCGGAAUUGAGGACAUAGAAGAUCUUAUAGCAGAUUUGGACUGUGCUAUACGAUCCGGACCAGCUUAAAGCCUGUACAUUUUGAGGAUGAAUUGUGCCGUCGCUGAUCGCAUUAUGUGCUGAUACAUCUAUUUAUCUUAAUAAACGUUUGGCUGUUUAGCUUCCACUUUAGUACUUGCAAAAAUCCAGUUCCUUCUGCU